AGCAAAAAGAACAGAGGCUUCCUUGUAUUCUAUAUCUAGAAGUAUACAAUUAAUAUUUUACCAAAUAUUUUCCAAAUUAUAGGUGACGAUUGUGCUUUCUCUCUCUAGCUAUGCCGCGGAGAAGAGGAAGGCCUAAGAAAGCUACGAAUCAAGGACAUGGAGCAAAUACCCCAGGCGAUAUCAACGCGAGUUCUUCUAAAGGAUCCCCGGAGAAGAAGACACCAAGCACGGAGGAACAACAGCGCAGUAUAAACCACAAUGAGAUUGACGAUCUAUCAAAUCUGGAUCUGAAGAAUGAUAAGGAGCCGCCAAAAACCUAUGCGAGUGUAGUAGGACACCAGGAUCAGGAUGAGGAAUUUAAUCUGAAGUUCAUUCCAGCUACGGAGAUUAAUGGUAACCUCGUGGCAAAACUUACGCAAGAGGAUGUCAUUGAAUCUGGUACCUACUGGGAUGCUACACUGGUAUGCUGUAUUUUGGGUGCUAACCCUCCCUUGGAGGUGGUUAAGGGUUUUAUUAAUAGAAUUUGGAAAGCGUAUGAUAUAGAAGAGAUAUCUCUAUUGAGAGAAGGUCAAUUUAUUAUCAUGUUUAAGAAACCUGAAGAUAGAGAUACUGUCCUCAAGAGGAAGUAUUACUACUUUGACAAUAAGCAAGUUAUGGUACAGAAAUGGUAUCCUGGAGCUAGAGUAAAUGUGGAAAAUCUUGAUGAUAUUCCAAUAUGGAUCCAACUCCCGGAACUGGAUAUGAAAUUUUGGAGCCUGACUGGUUUGAGUAAACUGGGAAGCCUGGUGGGAAAACCAGUAAAGAGAGAUAGAGCAACAACAAAGAAGACCAAGUAUUCAUAUGCAAGAAUACAAGUGGAAGUCAAAGUGCAGCAAGAUUUCCCCACAGAGAUCAAGUUCUUAGAUGAUGAGGAUAUAGUGAUUACUCAGCAAGUCAUAUAUGAGUGGUGCCCUUGCCUUUGCUCCCACUGCAAAAAACUUGGACAUUUGCAAGAGAACUGCAAGAGAAAGGAUGGUAAAGUCAAUGCUAGAAGGAAACUGAUAUGGAAGGAAAAAAGACCUGAAGGUGCUAAGGAGGAAGAACAAUGUGUUGAUGAGGGGAAUAAUGGAAAAAAGGAAGAGGUACCAGGCAUCCCCAUGGAAAAGGAUAAUGAUGAAGGAUUUAUUGAAGUCUCUGGGAAGAAAGCAGCUAAAAGAAGGACCAGCCUAACCAUAGAAGAGGACCCUUUGGUAGCUCUUAUGAAGGUAAUGGAGUCAGCCCAGUUUAGUGGGCACUACCCCUUUCUAUCAUGAUAGCUUGCUGGAAUGUUAGGGGGCUUAAUAGUCUCCUAAAGCAAAAUGAAGUACAUACAAUUGUGAAUAAAUAUGGUAUUGGGUGGCUGGGAAUGCUAGAAACAAAAAUUAAGGAUAAUAACUUUACUAGUAUUGAGAAUAAAAUGUUCAAUGGUUGGGGUUCUUUCAUAAAUAAUGAUGCUCAUCCUUUGGGUAGGAUUUGGGUUGUUUGGAAUAAGAGUAAGUUUGAUGUGAAGAUAAUUGAUUGGAAUGAUCAGCUGAUACAUUGCAAGGGAAGAAGUAUAGGGGAUGACAAAGGUUUUCACAUAACCUUUGUGUAUGGACAUAACAAUGCCCAAGAUAGGAAAAAUCUCUAGGAUAAACUGGAGAGAAUUAGCCAUAAUAUCCAAGAAGGGUGGCUAAUAAUGGGUGAUUUUAAUGAUGUACUACUACCCAAGGACAGAAUAGGAGGGAAUCAAGUUACAGAAGAGGAGAUUAAAGACUUUAAGGAAUGUAUGUUCAGAUGUGAGAUGGAAGAAUUGCCAAGUGUUGGUAGCUACUACACUUGGAGUAACAAGCAAGAUGCUGGGUGUAAAAUCUACUCUAAAUUGGAUAGAGCCUUAUCCAAUAUGGAGUGGAUGGUGAAGUUUGGGUCCAAAGUCCAAAUCAUUGAAGAAGGAAUCUCAGAUCACUGCCUUCUUCUGAUCAGAACAGGGGAACAAGAGAGGAGGAAUGUGGCCUUCAAAUAUUGUGACAUGUGGGAAUUGGAUCCUGAGUUUAACAACAUACUCAGGAAGACAUGGGGGAAAGAGAUGGAGGGUAGAUAUAUGUAUCAACUGACACAGAAACUGAAAGAACUUAAGAACCCUCUUAAACUACUUAACAAAAGUAAGUUCCAACAUAUUCAUCAGCAGUGUGAGUGGUUGAGAGAAGAAUUGUAUGAUAUCCAGAGCAAGCUGAAAACUGAUACUAGUAAUCAGGGCUUGAUUACUAAGGAGAGGGAAUGCUUGAGAGACCUGAUCAUCAAAAUGAAGGCAGCUCAAAGUAUGAAGUAUCAACAGACUAAACAGCAGUGGAUUAUUGAUGGGGAUCAUAGUUCUAAACUUUUUUAUGCCUGGACCAAGAAAAGAGCACUACAAAAUCAAAUCACAGUAAUCUGGGAUUUGAAAGGAGCACAGGUGGAGGGCAAGGAGAAAGUAGCUGAGGUUUUGGUGGAUUACUUCAAAAAUCUUUUUGGGACUUGCACUUGGUCUGAUCCGGUUCAGAAGGAGAUAGUCACAACAGGUCCUUGCCUAGAUACUAAUCUCC